UCUCGAUCUGGACAUCGAUGAUUCACGAAGUUGCAUGCUAUGAAUAUUUUACUGAAGUCUGAUGUCGAAGGCGUGUUGGAGCAUGUUGCUACGAACAACCAUUCAGGCGACCCAGAUCAGAUCAGUCACACCGUGAUUUCGCUAUUAGCCCAGGAAGUAGAACACACCAGACAGCGUUUGGAUGGAGUCAGCUUUGAACAGGAACUUCAUAAAGUCCUAUUUCGAGCAUGGCAACAAAAUACCGGAUCUUAUCGACCUUACGCUAAAUUUCACCACCGCAACGGAUUGAAAACAAUCGAAUAUUAUCAGUUAUUGAACAAAUUCAAUCUGUGGCAGCAGCUAGCUGUAACUGUGUACACACUUCCACCAGAGCUCGCCAUAGAUAUUCUCGAGACAUUGGGAGGAAUUUGUCUUAAAGAUGACAGCGACAACGCAUACAUCGCCAUCUACUUGAUUGUAUGUGCCAAUUUACCGGUGCGCCAGCGAAUCGAGAAAUGCGAGACGACAAUAAUGACUUUCUUGCAAAGAAGUUUCAAUGCAUAUAUUUCCAGUGCGUUGCUGACACUACUGAAAUCCCUCAUUGUGGGCAUGACGACGGCGACAGCAAGCUCUGAUGUUACGAAACCCAUCCCAGACAUCCUCCAAAAUUUGUUGAACCAACUUAUGAAAGCCAGUGCAAAUAAUGACAGCAUGCAAACGCCACAUAGUCAACCGUGGCAGAAGUUGUUCUGGAUGCGACUUAGACAACUCAUUGAUUCUUCAAAAGAUUGCCGCCUGAUGGAUAUUCAUAAGAUUUGCGAGGAAGAACUUCAAAAGCUGCAAACGACAUAUAAGAAUAAGCAAUGCAUAUCCUUAACAAAGCAAGAUUUUACCAAAUUCAGAGACAAUUCCAGUACUGAUCCAGCGAAAGAACAUCAAAUAGCAAACAAACACCUUGCUUCCUUUAUUCUGAUUUACAAGAAGAUAGCUAUGAAUUGCCCAUUCGACAACUUUGUUAUUGAUGCCAUUCCUGGAUCUACCAAUGAAAAUGGCGUUACAACCAAAACAUACAGUCAGAGACACCCUUUUUCAUUUCACGCAGAAAGCCAUAGUACACUGGGGCAUUGUGUAGAAGAAUGUUUGUACCGGAUUCGUAAUCACUUACCCGGAUGGAAAUCGUUCUUGGAAUUGGCUGUGGAUUAUCAAGACGUGGUGUUCAGUUAUAUUGAGCCUGGAUCACAAAUAUGGCAUGAGAUAUGUACUGCUAUCGCUUCAGAAAAGCUAUACUGGAAAUUCUUUGAGCGUCUGGUUUAUAUCAUCAAAAUACACCUACAGACAGACGAUCUGAUAGAAAGCGACGAAAUUCAGGCACUCUGUGAAGUAUUUAUGGCAGUAUUCAACUCCAUAACCGAUUUGGAGGAAAGGUUUAACUUUCGGAACCAAGUACAUUACUCUAGUCGUAAUGAGGACUCCGAGAGUCUCUAUAUUCUAUUCGAGACGUUUUCAGUGUGGUCUCGAUCUACUCUCCUGGCAUAUGAAAACGAACUCAAAAUAGUUUGCAAUCAGAUUGUCGAGGUGAGCGAAACUGGAGAGGUAGAUGAAACUUCUGAACACCAUACCGAUCGCCUCAUUAUUGAGAAGCUUUGUACGAUAUCCGUUGUUAUGCCAUACUCUGUGGUGAGCCAUUUGGUGAUGAAUUGCAUUCGCAAUAGAGGCCAAACUACGGCGAUCGGACACAUUCUUCAAAUGUCUGGGGGAAUUUGUUCUCUCAUUACUGGCCCAGACAACAGUACACUCCUUAUAGAUGUCCUCAGCAGCGACGAGGUAAUACGUAUGCUGGAAACUCCCACUUCACGCCGAAACUAUGUGGAUUUGGUUUGUCAAUGGGCGAAGCUUUCUACGGCUACUCAACCUCAUACAAAUGGUCAAGCACUGCUUGACCUUGUUCCAUACUAUCAAUUUUGCCUCAUUCCAGAGCUUUCAAAGGCUAUAACGUCCACUUCCGUACGCGCUGCCGCGCUGCCGGCGUUUAUACAAUUGAUAUCCAUAACACUUGGCAUGCACUUUGAAGAAGGCAAUCAGGAUAGAGACAGCAUGAAAUCUGGAUUUGAUGCAGUACAACUCCAAAACAAUCAAGGCGGACAUGCUCGCAAAUAUUAUGCAGCCGAUCUCUUGAAGCGUUUGAACUGGGUUCAAAUAUUAGCCUAUCUGGCGAUGCUGCUCUCAACUCGAGCACACAAUCUGGACAAGCCCAGCAGUGACAAGGACACCCUACAUGUACAUAUGAAAUUUGUCGAUUGGGAAGCUUGCAUUUUUGCUUUGGAAGCACUUGUGACUAUCUCCGAGGACUAUAUCAAUGAGCGUGAUCAAAAGCCGAAGCGAUCAAAGGAAACACUGUUGACAUUGACAGAUAUGGCCGGGAGCAUCGAUACCCUCAUUGACAAAUCUUCUUGCUUCUGUUGGGAUCUACAGCUUAGAUUAUACCCAUUCUUCAGCAAUGUUGCCCAGGGUCUAGCUUCGGAUACCCCUUCAAUGACUCUUCCCAAUCAUCUCAAGGAAUUUCUUGAAGGCUUUGGUGGACCCAUUGUAUACUAUGACGGAGGCAGUGAUGAAAGCAACAAAUGGACGCAGCUAAUGAUGGCUUGCAAAUCGACUUCUUACAUACACAGCACCGUCAUAAAGAAAUUAUCCAGUUCUACAAUAUAUACAACAGGAAAGCUGCACCCUGAUAGGAGUGUCCAUUUUGCGACCGGGAUGUAUCAAGCACUAUUACCUAGCAGAACCAUGAGCGUUUUGUCGGAAUACAAGAGACUUCUCAUUGAUUUUCUGGGAAAAUUAUUUGAUCUGCCCAACAUUCCGGAAAUGGUGCGAAACUAUGACUAUGAUAGCGAAUAUAUGAAUAGGAUGGUGAAAGACCUUGAACAUGAAGAUCUGCGAGCACUUCACUCCAUCAUGUAUUCGAAGCUUUUGCUAAGCACGUCGACACUAUUGAGCAACCAAUCAGACAACUCAGAAGGAAACACUUCGGCAGCUUCAGCAAAAGAUAGUAACGACAACCACGUAACUUACUUUGUGGCUAGUAUUAUGAGAGUCAUCCAGUCGUUGAGAAACUGGUCAGAUAUUCUAGCAGAUAACCGACUGCAGGUAGCAGAACUCCAACGUCAACCAUUUUCAGACUACUUGCGACAAGUAAUGCCAGAGCUUCAUAAUCUUCCACCCGAACCGUCUUUUCAAUCACGGUCUGAAGACAAAUUGGGUCAUAACGGGACGGAUGCAUUGGAUGAUGCCAUUAAUAUGUAUAUAGCAAUGAGCAAUGAGCAACAGGAUGUACAGAUGACAGCCCACCAGCCAAGAGAACUGAUGUUCCCACCGUACUCGCCCACAAUGGUUUCAUAUGUCAACUUGAGUGUCAUUACUUUGAACCUAUUGGCACAUGCCAAAGCUCUGCUCAAAGACGAAAAGCUACGGGAGACUAUUUGGAUUCUCAUGUCACACAUCAUUGAAGGCAUUUGCAAUGAUCCGCAGAGAAAACGAUUGAUACAGGCUGCCAGAAAGGCCGGUAAGGCGACUAUAAAGAAUUGGAAGAAGAGGACAGACGAUCACAAGUACAUAGUCAAAUGCCGGCCGCUACUUAGCCCUGACCAACAGGCUUUAACGCGAGAUACCCUCACAGUGCUAGAUUCCGAACAAGAGCGGCAGGUCAUUUCAGAUAAGUUAGACCUCAGUGGCUCUUCUAACGCCAAAGCACCAUCAUACUACUUUUGAUUGGUUUGAUGGACGUAUUGCAUAGAUUUCGAUAUAGACAGUGUAUUCUUUUUUUACAUUACUUUUGAAAAUAAAACGAUACUAAACUAAAUC